AUGACUUAUGCCGAAUCCCGACCGACGGCUUAUUCGUCGGCAUCAUAUACUAUUGCGCCACCGCCGCGUACGCCCGUCGGGCCGAGUAUGGACAUGAACCGCAAGAGCAAGAAAGGACUUGAUUAUUGGAAUAAAGCGGAAGACGAACAAUCAGGAAUUACAUAUUAUUAUAGCCGACAUGACAUGCAAUUGCCGAAUCGAAUGCGUACGCGACCGCAGCCUACCAGCAGUAGGCCGCCGUACAUAAACGGUGCUGGUCCCGCGCGAUUCCCAACGCUUCCGACGCAGGCGUUAUCGUCUAUUCUUGCUCCCACUCCCACCAAACCGAUCGAUGUUCUUAGCCCAACUCCGCCUGUGGGUCUUUAUAAGAAUAUGCCAGCAAUGCCGCGAGCAAAAUUAGCUAAAAUUGGAGGAAAUAACAAUAAUAACGCUGCUUCGCCUCGUAAGAAAACGGAAGCGAACGUAGUUUGGGGAGGGUCGAAAAAGGAGAAAUGGGAUGAAGACGGCAUUGCGGGACCUUCGACUGCGUUAGCAUGUUCCGAGAAGAAACCAUCAUCAGGUCGUCGGAAACCUAGAUGGAGUCGUUGUAUGCAGACAUUGUUCUGCUGUGUAGCGCCUCCAAGGGAAAUUGAAAAGAUACAAUCAAACAAUUCGCGAUCGACGAACAAUAAUAACAACAGCAAUGAAAGUACCAGUGGACUGAGCAAUGGUACAUCGACACCGACUUCGAAAGCAAGCCCUGCAAUUCAACUUAUCACACAGAUUAACAAAGACGGUAGUGUGACCGGAUUGCCUAACACGGCGUCAGUUCAAAAUGAAAAUGGUGAAAAUGGAAUCACCUAUGAUAAAUCGUUCACAGACUUGAAAAUGAGGGAACCUGAACGGGUACGACGAAAACGGUUGACAUUCCAAGAAGAAAUCGAGUAUAGGCAAAAUUAUCGCUUUUUGAUCGAGUGGCGGCCUGGACGCACUCCUUCAGCACUAGAAAUAAUCAAAUAUGAUUUGUUGAGCAAACUGGGAAAGAAUUCGAUUGGUGAAAAGCCACUUCUACCUCCUCUCCGUGCAUCAGACUUAAAGAAAAAGUGUCUUGUUAUCGAUCUCGAUGAGACUCUUGUACAUUCGUCUUUUAAGCCUGUGAAAAAUCCAGAUUUUGUAAUUCCGGUUGAAAUUGACGGAGUUGAGCAUCAGGUUUAUGUUCUCAAAAGGCCAUACGUGGACGAAUUCUUGGCAAGAGUUGGAGAUCUUUUUGAAUGUGUUCUGUUCACAGCUUCAUUGGCAAAGUAUGCUGAUCCGGUCGCUGAUCUUCUCGACAAGAAACGUGUUUUUCGCGGUAGGCUUUUCCGCGAGGCAUGUGUAUUCCACAAAGGGAAUUAUGUUAAAGACCUGAGCCGUCUUGGAAGAGAUCUAAAUCAUACGCUCAUUAUUGACAACUCUCCGUCAAGCUAUGCGUUUCAUCCUGAAAAUGCAGUACCAGUGAACACAUGGUUUGAUGACCCGGCAGAUCGCGAGCUUCUCGAUAUCAUUCCAACACUUGAACAUAUCAACGAGUACGAAAGCGUGUACGAUAGUCUUACCACUAGCCGCCCAGAAGAUGGCCCACCGUCAGAUCCUCUACUUUUCAAUAGUCAUUAG